UAGAGACUUGACUCGAUGUCUUCGCCACCCCAAAAGCAAAUGACGAUGCCGAUGCUCUCGCACAGCAAUUCGCUAAUGGACGAAGACGCUGGCAUCAUGUCGGAGGCCGAGACCUCGGCAACGGGAUUUCGGCGCGGCUCGAAGCAGCGCGCAUCGCUGCCCGUCGUACGCACGCCGUCAAAGACGCUGGAACGCCCAUUAGGAUUGGUAUUUCUUCAAUUCCGACACGAGACAAAGAGGGCGUUGCUGCCAAAUGAAAUUACGACCCUCGACACGGUUCGCGCUCUCUUCGUCAGAUCUUUCGCCCGCCAGCUCAGCAUGGAAUACUUUGAUUCGAACAACGUUCACAUCUACAUUCACGAUCCCAAUCAGGACAUGUUUUACGAACUGGAAGAUCUCAGAGAUAUACGAGACCGAUCCAUCCUGCGCCUCUUCGAGACUGACGAACUGAAGCAGCCAUUCAACUUUCAGUCGGCCUUACCCCUCUCACUGUCUCAGAUGUCUUUCCUUGACGACGCUGAUCACGUCGACCUGGAUCAGCCGUUGGAUCGAUGCAAUCCCCGCUUAAUGAUAAGCUCCCCUCUAUCAUCGGCUACCUGGGACGAGCUGUCCUAUUUUAGCGAGCCCGAGUUCGACUCAGACUAUCGACCCCAACACGUUCAUAAAUCAAAGAAUAGGACAGCAAAACCAAUCAUUACAGGGCCCCGCAAUGGUCGGCAAUCAAUUUCAUCGAUGCCCACAGCUUAUGGCUCAACAUCGUCCCUCAGUCAGGCACCGAUCAUGCAGAGAAAUGGCCAGUUCCAGGCAAGGUCUACGUUGCAUCGGUCCUAUUCUACCGCAGCGGAACAGACACCGUCGCCGCUGAGAAUCGAUCGCAACGCCAUGUCGCCUGUUAUGGAUUAUGCGGCCAACGUGAACAACGAUCAACCUGCAAGAUGGAAAGAUCACGGAGUCGAGGUUGUGCAUGGCUUCUUUCCUUGCCCGCCUCAGGCGUUACCACCGCAAGUGCCACCGCGUCCGCCGGAACGAUCGUUCCACAAUUACGGCACUUCGUCGAAUAACCUUAAACCGAAUUACGGAGUGCCGUCUUCUUCGGUGACUCUCGCAAGCAACGCGAUCGUUGGUCCUGCACUGAGCAGAUCGCCCGUCUUUGGCAAUGGCUUCGGUGACUUUCGUAACUCACAGUCAUCACUCUUCCAGGGUAAUGCCAGUGAUCCGAAUUUAGUGGACGAACAGACCAGGAUACGGAUGGAACAAGUGGAACGGAAAUUGGCAAGCCUUACGGGUUUGGUUCAGACUGCGUUGACCAGCGCUGUCGGUGUUCACGUGCAGUUGCCUGACGACGAUCUGAAUGGCGACGCGAACAACGCCGUUCUUCGCAUUCCUCCACCAGAAGCAGACGUAGGUUCUUCUCACCAUCUAACUGUCAAAACCCCCAGGCUGGGACUUGGAAAAUGUAAAGAAAAGUGCGUGUCGUUUGAGAAGUCAGUGUCUUUCUGCGACGACCCUAUCGAGUUGCCUGAAGGCAAACAUUCGCCACAGCCCACAGAAAGUAAACCAACUAAGCCAGCCAUCAAGUCGUCCACUUUGCCGAGAGCUUCUUCCCAAGUGUCUGUGUACAAAGGAGAUUCAGAUUGGCUCGGCAGCGUGGAAACGUACACUCAGCUGCGGCUGUUGCAGAAAAACGCGAAGGAGCUGCGAUCGGAGAUGCGAAGCCUACGUCGAUUGAGCCAGGCCCAGUUGUCAGCUGUGAAGGAAGCCGUUAAAGAUACGAUACAGAUCAUGAAAAAAACGUUCUUAGAAAAUAGUGACGUCAUCACCAACGCACUGUGCGAUGCCGAAUCGUCCGCCAUCGAAACGACACUGAGGAACGUCCACCGACAGGAAAGCGUUUACCAAAACGAAAUGAAACAACUCGAGACGGACUUGAGCGAAUUGGAAACGUCGGUUGAAAGCUUAAGAAGUCACGUCAUCAAUAAAAAGACCAGAGUAAGCAUGGCCGACGUGGAAAAGCUCGCCAACUUACUCAGCCGAUCCAGCAAAUCGGUCGACCAAUUGAAAACUCAAUUUCCUGCCUUGGAAGAGUCCAUCAAAUGUGCUCUAACUUACCAAUCGGAACAACAAGCUGGCGAUGCUCAAUUUCUCAAAGAGACGCCCAAUAAGCUGGAGAAUACCAUCGGACGCUGCAAAAAAUUAACGAGUACUUUAGUUACUUUGAGGAGGUUGGCAUCGGUGCAAGAACAGCGACAACCACAAAACUCAGAAAAAUCGUCUGCACCCAAGAGCAAUUACACCCCGUCUGUGACAGUUGAUCCGCCCUCCAGUCUAAUUCACAAUCCUCCGCAACAGGGAAACUCGCUGUACGAAAACGAUCAGCAAUCCGACUGCAACCAUGCCUUUGCUGCUGCACACGAGCUACAUCCAACCAAUGGUGCCGACGUCUCCGAGCCUGGGAUCAUCGACAGCUCCAGUAGGAAUGGCUCUCGGCCCGUUCACCAGUGUGGUGAUCAAUCGCAACGAACAGAGCCACGAUCUUCCAACGCACUCGACACUUUACUAGACGAAUUGAAGCACUAUUCGGAGACCAACAGACCAGAUAUGGAAAUGCCGCAAAGUUUCACUGCCAAAUCCGGAUCUGCGCAACGUGCACAACCGCCUCUUCCCGCGCCCUCAACGCAACCCGUUUUAUUAUCGAAUUUAUCCACAUCAAAGCCCUAUGCUGAAUCUCCCGUUGAUAGCGUGGUCUCCAAUGCUAUUGGCAGUGCGGCGACAGUCGGCCGUCGCAGAGCGCCACCUCCACCUCCGCCGCGAACAUCCUCUCGAUCACCUCUCGCUUCGCCUCUUCGAAGCCACCCGAAUUUCCAAGCGCGGCCUCUGCCUAAUUUGCCUUCGGCCGCAGAGACUAAUCACUUCACUAUGCCUUUGGUCAUGAAAGUGGCACCCAUGUCACCCCAAUCUGCGCUGGUUUCUAAUUGCCGUCAGGCGCGAACCACUCCACCCACUUCGAACGACUCGAGAACCCUUGGUGUCGGCAACGACGCGAGAAAAAUCAAUACCGCUAGGAUUUUCAUUUCGACGCCAAGCAGCGACCAACUGGUUGGUGCUCAAGAUGGCCAACCUCUACGUCCUGGUAGCGCAUCGUCUUCUAAUUUUAUGGGUUCGAGACGUACGAGCCAAGUUGACAGCAGCGUGAUGGCCACUGUUAUUGAAAGUGGGGUUUCGGCGGCUGGUUCUCCUAAAAGGGACCACCUGGAAUCGCGGCACCAAGAACUAUUGAAAACGCAAAAACACUUGCAAGAACAAUACGAUCGGUUGCAAAGGAUUCACGGCACCCAGUUGCUACCUGUUGCCCUUGGUGUUGGUGGUGAAGCUGCACAGUCGUCACAGCAGAGUCCCACAUUAGUAGUGGCUGAACAAGCCACUAACGCCCCCGACCGUCGAUCUAAUGGCCCGUCGACAGGAACUCUUGAUUCGGCAGCGGGUCAGAACGAUCAUCCGCAAAGCGUUGAGAAUCGAGAGACGGAAAAGGCCAGCCCGGCUAAUGGGAUUAGCAGCAAUGACAGCCAGUCGUCAGGUCAUUCGAGUGGCAAAAUCGAGCAAUCAGCAUUGGCGGCGAUGAAUCCCGAUGGCGACAAAAGCAGAGAAUCCAUUUUUAUUUCACUUUUACUAGAGAACGCCCAUGAAACUGACAUUUUAUGAUGCAACAGACUUCAAAAAAAAAAAAGAUGGAACAAGUAAUAAAAAAGUAAAUCAAAGUAAAAAAAUAGAAGCAGACAAAGAAAACAAACAAAAAUCAAUAGAACUUUGCUCACUUUUCUUUUUCUUUUUGAAUUUUGAACACGUUGUAAUGAACCCUGCACUGAACUGCCAUUCAUCGGGUGCGGCGGGCCGCCGAAGGGGCGACUGUCAAUACAAAUUUAAUUAUUUUAUAAAUAAUACGAAAUCUCCUUGGAGGCCUAAAAAUCGAUGCCAUCGUAUGUUACUCUUAUUUCUUCAAAAGAAAAAGGCUGAUCCGCCCUUCCCUUCGAUGUCCUGCCGCUUUGGAUUACCUGUGAUGCGUUUGCAUUAUGUGUUUGUAGGUCCUAUCCCCGAUUCAGUUAGUGUGUAGCCCUGUGUGAUCUGAAUAACUCAGAAAGGGAGAAAAAAAUGCUUUCACAAUGCUUUUAUAAGAGAUGAUAGAAGUUCCGUGACUUGCUUCAAUACCAAUUUGUACUUUGCACUUACAGUCGAUGAGACCAACCAUUUGUUUCUAAAGUCGUCGCAUGGCACUGUUGGUCUUCUCAAAAAAAAAUCUUACUUCAAAAUAUAUACACUCACCCAUUUUUUGAAACAACUUAUACAAUUUUUUUAUUCUCGAAUUUUAUUCAAACAUUUCUGUC